GGGUGGGUAUAUGUAAUUCAGCCGUGUCAUAUAUAGCUGAUUACUCGAAUUGCUUACCGGAGGUCACACAGCAGCUGUCCUUUCGUCAUCCGACACCGAGCAGCACCGCCGUCGCUGUUGCCGCACUGCCGCGAACGGAACCGACAUCGUAUCUUCCACUUCACUUCGCGGAACGCAGCUUUUGGCGGAUUCGUCCGCCCUCGCUGGCGCUUGGAAUCUCUGAAAACGGUUCUUCUAUCUAAAUACAAACCUUGAAUAUGAGACUUGCUAGCAGCUGUAUAAAACUGAAGCCACUUCUUGUAUUCUCUCCAACUCCUCAGCGCAUUGACAAAACCCUCGCAUUUCGAAACCAAAGCAGAACCAGAACUUUAGGGUUUUCGCGUUGGAAAUCAACGAUGACAGAGCCAGUGGUGGUUCAAGUGAAGGAGAAGAUUGAGUUAACGGAAACAGAGAAGAAGAUAUUUGAUAGCCUUCUCAACACUCUUCGCCACUUUAAUCUCAAAACCGAGCUUCGAGUAGCUGGUGGCUGGGUCCGUGACAAGCUUCUGGGGAAAGAGUGUUAUGACAUUGAUAUUGCGCUUGACAACAUGUUGGGAAGUGAAUUUGCGAAUAAGGUGGCUGAGUAUGUAGCGUCCACGGGUGAAAAGCCGCCUUCAGGCUUAGGGGUUAUUCCAAGUAAUCCAGAUCAGUCCAAACACUUAGAGACGGCAAGGAUGUACCUUUUUAAUUUAUGGAUUGAUUUUGUAAACUUAAGAAGUGAAGACUACAGCGAGAAUAGCCGCAUUCCAACAAUGAAAUUUGGCACAGCAGAAGAAGAUGCUUAUCGAAGGGAUCUGACCAUUAAUAGCUUGUUCUACAAUAUCAACACGAGCUGUGUUGAAGAUCUUACUGGAAGAGGAAUUGAAGAUCUAAAAUCUGGAAAAAUUGUGACUCCAUUGCCUCCAAAAGCUACAUUUUUGGAUGACCCCCUUCGAGUUCUUAGAGCUAUUCGUUUUGGUGCAAGAUUGGGAUUCAUACAUGAAGAGUUAAAAAAAGCUGCUGCCUGUGAUGGUGAAACUGCUCUUGCAGCCAAAAUUAGCAAAGAGCGCAUUGGAACUGAAAUUGAUCUCAUGGUCUCUGGCAAUCAACCAGUUAAAGCAAUGACCUACUUUAUACCUAUUGUCAAUACAUUUUCAGGGAGUCUCUCAAGCGAAAAGCCAGUGAUGCUGAAACACACAUUUUCUGGCAUCGUAUACCUUGAGUUACAUAGAUUCCUUGUGGCUGACUUCUUAUUUCUUAUUUAUGCAGGAUUUCUUCUCAGAGAAAUCAAAGAUUUUUGGCGAGUUGCCUUGUUAAUGUCGACCUUGUUAUAUCCCACUGAUGUUGAGCAUACUGAUGAUAUUCUAAACAAGCACUUUCAACUGGACAAAAGACGAGAUUUAUUUGAGGCAGUUGAGAAUGCGAUUACUAAACUAGGUCUUGAAAAAGUGUGGGACGUGAAACCUUUGGUUAAUGGGAAGGAGAUUAUGAGUGUUUUGCAGCUUAAAUCUGGAGGGCCGCUUGUUAGGGAGUGGCAACAAAAACUGCUUGCAUGGCAGCUUGCCCAUCCUUCUGGGACUGCAGAGGACUGCCUUGACUGGAUGGAGGAAACCCACUCAAAGCGUGUAAAGCUUGAGUCUGGCAAUUCUGUUGAUUGAUCUAAAGCUAUAAUUAUUAGCGUUAGUUCUUUUGGAUUGAACACUUAUUUUUUGAGAUAUUGAGGCUGGAUAACAUUUUGAAGCCCAUGAACAUCCAUUGGUUCUAGAUGCCAAAGUUUAUUACAUUUGCAGCGAGAUCGGAUUGGAGUCAUUUUACAGCAAGAAUAAAGGAGGCAAGGAAAUAGAAAGAAUUAGGUUAAUGUGUGAAUUGACUAUCUUGUAUAAGUUGUAUAGAUCCUCAAAAUCUGUUCAUAAACUUUUAUUAGAAUCUGGCAGUUUAGGUUCUACAUUGAUUUUGUAUUGUCUAGUUUAAAAUAUAAUUACUAUUUGAUUUGAUUGUUGACUGUGAACAGAAGGCAUAUGAGAAGCCUUGGGUGGCCAGAAUUAUUAUCUGCUGAAAAGAGAAAAAAAUAAUAAAA